AUGUCAACCAUCAUCACCAAAGAGUAUAUGAGGGAUCAGCCACUGGAACAACACUUUGAUGUUCUCGUUGUUGGCGCUGGUCACAAUGGUCUGGUAAACUCAACAUUCCUGUCUAGAGCUGGCCUCCGUGUUUUGCAGGUCGAGGACAAGGACAUCAUUGGUGGAUGUACAAAGACUGAACAUCCAUUCCGCAAGGUACCAGGAAUGGGCGCGUCAACUGGCGCUUACUUGCUCGGAUUGAUGCCUCCCGAGUUGGUCAAGAAGCUCGAUCUUGACAUCACACCAAUGCGUCGCGACCCUCACUACUUCAUGCCAACGACCGAUGGCCGCUACCUCCUCUUUGGCUCAGACAAGGUGGAGAUGAAGAAGCAGUUCCUCCAGUUCUUCUCACAAGCCGACUGGGAUGCCAACGAGAAGAUGAACGCAGAGUUGGACAUGCUACGCGAGGACAUUGCGCCAACUUGGUUGCAAGAGCCACUGUCUGUCGAGGAGACCGCCGAGCGCUUCGUGCGCCCAGCUCUCAGACAGGCCUUUAUCAAUCUGUGCCGUGGCACUGCCAAGGACUACGUGAGCAAGUUUGGCUUCCAGUCAGACCUGCUGCGUGGCAUGUAUGUGACGACCGAUGGCUGCUCAGGACUGAGCUCAGUGUCCCAAGGUACAGGAAUGAACUUCCUUGUUCACAACAUGUGUCGUUUGCCAUCAUCCGAUGGCACAUGGAUGAUCAUCAAAGGUGGCAUGGGCGCUGUGUCCAAUGCCAUCGCCGACGUAUCACGCAAGGCCGGCACCAAGAUCGACACUGGACGUGGAGUGCACAAGCUCGUCAUCAGAGAGGGACGCGUGUUUGGUGCAGAGCUCAAGGAUGGCACCAAGGUGUUUGCACCAAUCGUCGUCAUCAACGCCGAUCCAUUCCGCAUGACCGAUCUCAUCGGCAAGCAUCACCUGCCCCAGAACUACAUUGAUCGCAUUGACAGAUACCGUCGCGAUGGUAUGACCAUGAAGGUCAACCUGUGUCUAAAGUCACUGCCCAAGUUCACCUGUCUGCCCGAGAACAAGGGUCAGUACGGCACAACCACACACAUCCUCCCACCAGGACCCAACGUUAUGGAGCAGAUUGAGAAGGCUUACGCGCAAGCAGCCGCCGGUAUCCUGCCAGAGUUCCCCACGAUCGAGUGGUACACUCACACACCGAUUGACCCAUCCAUCCAGGACAAGGACGGCCACCACAAUGCCGCUCUGUUUGUCCAGUGGGUGCCCUACACAAUCAAGGGUUCAACAUGGGAGGCCGAGGAGGAGCGCUACGUCAAGCAUCUGCUGUCUCUGGUCGACAUCUAUGCACCAGGUACAAGCGAGCUAGUUGUUGACGUGUUUGCUCUGCCACCUCCCAAGCUGGAGAAGCACUUUGGCAUCACGCGUGGACACAUCCAUCACGUUGACAAUGGCAUUCCAUUCGAUGAGCGUCUGCCCUACAACACACCAAUCAGAGGAUUGUACUCUUGCAGCGCUGGCUGUCAUCCUGCCGGCUCUGUCAUUGGCAGCUCUGGCCACAACAGUGCAAUGCGCAUACUCAAGGAUCUCAAGGACAACGUGAUCAACUUGGAGAGGCCUGCCAAGCUUUAA